GUGCUUGGACAGGUACAGCGACAGGAAAGGUCGGGAGGGACGUGGUCCACGCGCUGAGAGGCGAAGUUUACUCGGCUCGGUCCGGGGGGCCCGUUUGCGUGUCGUGUGACUCGCUGUAUCGGGACUGGCUGGUGUGGAGGGUGGUCCAACGCAACUCGAGAUUCCCCUGCCUACUUACUGACUGGUUUGUGUGUGUGUGUGUGUGUGUGUGAUCUCACGGGAGGAGUGUACGUGACACGCCCACGGAGAGACGGCGAGAGAGGGAGAGGCAGCGAGCAGCGAAACCGGACCUACCGAGAGCAGCAACCGACUCCGACACGGUCAAACAGCCCUCAGUCUCCCGGAAGGAUGGUGCUCGUAAACGAGAUUCUGAGUCAGAUCGUUCAGGUGGAUCGGCCAAUGAACUGGGGAGGUCUGGCCACCCUGAAACCUUAUGUCAACUUCUUCGCUGAAGACGAUGCGAAGGCUCUGAAGCAGGCAAUGGAUGUGAAAGGAGUUGAUGAAGCUACCAUUGUCAAAAUCCUCUCCAACCGCUCGUGGGACCAAAGGCAACUCAUCAUGAAAGCUUUCUAUAAACAGUACAAUGUGGACCUGGAGGCCUCACUGAAGAAGAAGCUGUCUGGUAACCUCGAGAAUGUUGUUGUCUGUCUGCUCAUGGUACCAGAGGACCGUGAUGCACAGGGGCUUAAAGAAGCAAUGAAGGGUUUGGGGACAGACGAAGACUCUCUGAUCGAAAUCCUCAGCAUCCGGUCCAAAGGAGAACUGCAGCUGAUCGCGGCAGCUUACCAGCGAGACUAUCAGAAGACCCUGGAACAGGACAUCAAGGGUGAUGCGAACGGGAAGUUCCAGGCCCUGCUCCUCAACCUGUUGAAGGGGCAGAGGGAAGACAACUCCAACAUCAUCAACCACGAAUUGAUCGAAGAGGACGCCAGGGCCCUGCAUACGAUCGCCAUCCAGAAGAAGCCUGAUUUCAAUGGCUGGAUCCCCAUCCUCACCGAGAGAAGCCAAAAACAUCUGAACCGAGUGUUUAAACUCUACAAAGUCUACAGCUCCCAGGACAUCACAGAAACGAUCAAAAAGCAGAUGAAGGGCGAUGACGAGAAGGGAUUCCUUGCUCUAGUGCACAGCAUCCAGGACACCCCCAAGUACCUUGCUGACAGAUUGCACCAGUGUAUGAAGUCAUUUGGGACCAAGGAUGGACCCCUGAUCCGGCUGCUUGUGUCCCGUUGUGAGAAUGAUCUCCUCAGUAUACGAGCUGAGUACAGGAAGAAAUACGGGAAGUCACUGUACACAGCAAUCCAGGGCGACACGAAGGGCGAUUACCGGACGGCUCUGCUGAGUCUAUGCGGCGGAGAGGACCUGUAGGUGCGUUGUCCUGUCCCCAGGAUGGGCGUCUCCUGGGUCCGGCCUUGCCUCUGACACAAGCCACGGGAAGUAAAUGAACAGGCUGGGUAUAGACAGAUGGACAUACUUGCCCCACGGACACGAGUGGAAGUUUAAACUGGCAGCAGACACAGAGAAAACCACUGGAACAUAAUACACACAUACAGAUUUAUGUAUGUCACACACAUAUACACAGGCACAGGUGCACAAACACGUGGGCCUCUGCUGCUACACGUGCAUGCGCGUGCUCACACACACUCCCACUCUUGCAAAGAGAAGUAUUCACACAUGUGACUCCAGCUCCCCCUUCCCAUGCCGGAUCUUUUGGGAAUGUCCCAGUCCUUGAGCCGGGAUUUGCUGUGACUGGAUCCUGAGACAAUUUCCACUAGAAAUGUCAAUAAAACAAUGACUGCUUUCAAAAAUCUUCAGAU